AUGGUCAGCGAGCCACUAUUUGGAAGUGCUUGGGCAGACGUGGAUUCUCUGAUUCCGGUUCUGAUAGACAAUGCCUCUAGCUCAGGUUACUACGACUUGCCUCAUGUCCUAUGCUCCGAGUUGAGGAAACGAGUCUGCUCCAACGUCUGCAUGAUUUUCUCUCAUCUGAGUUUCUCCCUCAGACAUAACAUAUUUGCUAGCUCUCCUAAUGACUAUAUGGUGGUUUGGUACCCGGAACUAGGUCGAUAG